UGCAAAAAUUGAAAAUGGGAAAUCAGAAAAAUGCCUGCAGCCCGAAUCUGAUUUUGAUAUUUAGUUAUCCAGGUUGGCAUGACCCGGAAGUUAGUGUUCAGUGGCGGGACUGGUUCCACCAUGCCUGUAAUUUACAUAUCUUUGGAUUCCACGGCCUCCAUAAAAUUAGAUGACAGGGCGCUUAGUAUAAUGGGCGCGCUAGAAGAAUACAUUGAUUUCGUUAAAGGCUUAUUCGAAAAUGGCAAGACUCAUGCAGAGAUUUCAACAGAUUUGCAAAAAAUGGGUGUCCAGCGAUGCUCUGAAAUGAGUGUUAGACGAAUAUGUUUGAAAUACAACCUUCGUCGAAAAAGACAUGUAUCGGACACAGAAUUGGAAGCAGCUUUGAUUGGAUCCAUUUAUGAGACGGGGCCAUCGUACGGCCGCAAGUUCAUGACUGGCUAUCUAUCUUCACUGGGAGUGCAUGCAGGAGAAAGUCGAGUCGGAAAAAUGCUGAGAGAAAUUGAUCAGCCAUACCAUGAAUUGCGACGACAGGGUGCUCGUAAUCUUAACCCUGUCCCUUAUCAUGCCGAAUAUAUGGGCCAUAAGCUACACCUUGAUCAAAACGAGAAGCUUGGGAUGUUCGGUGUAACACACGUUUUGGCAGUUGAUGGCUAUAGCAGCAAAAUUGUUGCCAAUGCUACAAUGCCAGUUUUGAAGAAUCAACGUGAUUUAUGAAGUUUACAGGCGAG